CGUCGAACUAUUGGGCACGGCAGCCGCGUCACGCGAUCGUGACACGCUGUUCGAAUCUCUCGUCAUUAUCAAUAUUUCAUAGAAAUCCCUCUGCAGACUGCAACCAGCAACCAGCAAUUACUGUGAUUCAGUCAAGGGCGCACACGUGCUGACUUGAUAUGAUCUAUUCAAUCGUCGCAUCAGUUUGAAACCGUCACUCACUAGCGGCAGCUGCGUAGCGAUUGCGUAGCGUAGUUUUCCCGCGUCGCGUCACAUCACAGGGUGAGAUCGCGCGGAAGGAAGGUUGCGUCCGUGACCGCGCCCGUAGCAUCGCCAGUAGCGCAGUACCGCGCCAGUCUCGCUGCCCCUCGGACCUCGACCCGUGGUACAGCUCGCGAUAGUGAUGUGCCUCGUGAUCGUGAGCUGAUGAUGUGCGGAUUGAGUGAAGUGAUCAAGUGCGCGAGCGGAGUGCGCCGCGCCGCGCGCCCGUAGCGCCAUGAGGACACUCCUGCUGCCCUUACUGCUCCUCCUCACACCUGACCUGUACCCAGUCGACGGUGGAGGAUUCUCCCUCAGCUCGAGCAAGGGCUUCCUCGAGUGUGCGAGCCAGAUCCUGUACAUGGAUCAAGAUGCAUAUCAACUUCCCACGAACUACAGUAGAAACAUUCCACCCGAUAAAAACACGACAGUUUACAUUGGGAUUAACGUGAACCGAGUGUCUGGAGUAGAUGAGAAUAGAGAGAUCACCCUUGAUGUAUUCCUCCAAGUAUCAUGGGAAGACAUGAGACUGAAUGUGCCUUUCAACAAAUCACAUAUCGACCUGCCGUGGGAGUUCCGUCAACUCAUAUGGAUGCCGGAUCUGUACAUAUGGCAACUCCAAACUAUGAAGAUACUAUCCGUCCUGCAAGAAAUGGCAUCGCUCAGGCUUUAUGCGAACCACACCGUCUCAGUCAGUAUUGGUGCCACAAUAACAAUAAAAUGUGAAAUGGACUUCGUCUUGUAUCCACUAGACGUACAAAACUGCGCUAUUGAUUUUAGCAGUUACAAAUACACAAGGGAGGACGUCCGCUUCGUGUGGCGCGAGGUGGCUCCAUGGUCCGGCAUCUCCGGUGAGCAGCGCCGAGAGUUCCGGCUGCCCAAAUACGUGGUCACAUUUGUUACGGACAAAAGUAAUCAUAUUCGAAAUUUUGGUGAAGGUGAGCAUUCAGCAGCCAGACUGCAGAUCAAGCUUUCCCGAGAACUCCGGGGAUACCUUUUAGAAAGCUACUUACCUUCAUCUCUCUUCGUCAUCAUCUCCUGGGGCAGCUUUUGCGUCAUCCCUGAGAUCGUCCCCGGUCGCAUGGUCCUCCUGGUCACAACAUUGCUGUCGCUUGUCACCAUGUUCGACACAGUCAGCACGAACUCUCCAGAUGCGUUGGAGCUCAAGUGUAUAGAGGUGUGGCUCAUCUCGUGCACUAUAUUCGUAUUCCUGGCUCUGCUGGAAUACUUCGUGGUGCUAUUCGGCAUCCGGUAUGACAAAAGCUGGAGCAGGCGGAGGCAGGACUUGCGUCGUGCGGCCUCGGCAGCGCAGCUUGCGCCUCCGCCAUUGCAUAUCAAUCAUUCUCAGAGGUUAAGUACACCGGUAACCGGUACACCCCAGGGAGGCGUUUUCUCGCCACAACUAAGCGUAGAAGACGAAGGGCUAAAACAACAAUUCUCACAUCAAACAAUACAGAGGUUAACAUCUUCGGAGAGAAGGCUUCGAAGGGACAAUAAAGUUGGAUGUGAGACGAGGACAAUUAGUAAGGACUCGCCGAUUUUGGAGAUGCCAGGAGAUGCGUCGGACAGUUUCCUGUCAAGAUUCGCGACCAAGGUUGACCAUGGGGUCAUGUUCUGCGGUGCUCAGCAUGGUGCCUUGGACAGAUAUGCCCUGAUGGUGUUCCCGCUUUGUUUCCUUCUCUUCACAAUAAUCUAUUGGACUACAUAUCUCAGUGAAGCUCAUAAAGCUAUGCACGAUUGACUUAGUGGUUUCUCGGACAUUACUAUUUCUGUUACACACAGAUAUAGAAAUAGACAGAGUUGUUUCGAACUGUAAAAUUGUAUAUACAUUUACAUAUAGAUAAUAUUAAGUUGCUAAUAAGUAAAGUUUUACUAUUGUUGAAUGACUUAAGAUACUUUAUUAUAGAAAAAAAUAUAAGUAUAAAUUUUUAGAUAAGUUCAACAAACUUGGAUAUUAUUCAAAUUAUUACAUGACGAAGUAAAAGCUGAAAGUUAGUCGAUCAUGCUUCUACUGUAAGUAGUAAAUAAAAUACAGUCAAGAAGCAACCAUAGUCCCAGCCAGUUUCUUCAUGUAAAGCUAAAGUAACAGUAAAAGUAGUAACAGUAAAAGUAGUAAGUAGUAAAGAAGACUAUUUUUCAGUGAUUAAGACCGUCACUUUUGAUUUAUGACGUUACUUUGACUGUUUCUUACGAUGAUGAAACUGGCCGUUAGCCUAUAAGCUAUUUAUGCAAUUGCUUAGGGCAUCCCGCAAAAAAUAACGAGCAACCUAGGUUAAAGUAAUCAAAAAAAUAAUCCACGCAUUUUAAAUUGUUGACAUUUUUAAUUAUUUCUUUGUAGUUACUUAAUAUCACAAUCACAAGGGAAGAUUGCUUAUGUCGUCAAGUUACCAUCCGGCACUGUAGGCAACUCUACAAAAGCCAAACUCGAAGAACUUUUAGUUUACCAACAAACAAAUUAGAAAUUAACGUAAAAAAUGCGCAGUGGUAAGCGCGGUGGAUUUACAAGACGCAGAUCCUGGGUUUGGUCGCCAGCUAGGGCUAUUGUGGUUUUCUUAAUUGGUCCAGGUCUGGCUGGUGGAAAGCUUCGGGCGUGGCUUACCCGUCCCGGUACGAUGUUGUGCAGAAACUGAAAGGAGUGUGGAUUUUUACCUACUCCUUCCAUCCAAGAUUGCAUCAUCACUUACCAUAUACCUAGGUGAGAUUGUGGUCAAGGGCUAUCUUGUAAAGAAAAAAAAAUUAUUUCGCAACUUAUUUUUUUUUAAAGCAUCAAAGUUUUCGUUAAUGUAAGAAAAGCUACUAGCAAUUUAUACCCUCAUUUUUUAUUUGUUUGUUGAGUAUCGAUUUAGGUAUUAAGUUUGGACUCUCGAUCAUCAAAGUCAAGUUCGGAGCAAUACCUUCCCCUGCUUACAGUGAACCUACUAAGAAACUUCUACCUCCCAAAACUAUCACUGUCCAAACUCUUUAGUUGCCUGCCAUGCUUAAUGGUUUAAUAAAGGGUGGUAGGAGUGUGAGCUGACAAACUUUUAGCUUUUAUCGAAUCAUGAAGGUCUGGCUAACAGACUGUUGAUCUAGUAGAGUGUAGACAUCUGUCGCUUUAUGGUGGAUUGUUUAUAGCCUCAUCAAAAUAUAAAAAACCUGGAUUGUGGGCGCCACAAGUACUUUUUAGCCUGUGCUUGGUUUGCUUUUAAAAUGAACUAGCAGACGCCACGCGGUUUCACCCACCUGUGUUCCGGUUCCUGUAGGAGUACCGGGUUAAAAUAUAGCUUAUAGCACCCGGGGAUAGUGUAGCUUUCCAACAGUGAAAGAAUUUUUCAAUAGUUUCGGAGCGUAAUCAAUGCAAACAAACAAUCAAAUGUUUCUUGUUUAGAAUAUUAGUAUAGAUUAGUUCCUUUUUUUCGGAACAUAGCGAGGUUUUUAUUUUUCUGGUCAGGCUAUAUAUAAUUGUAUAAAAAAAUUCCGUCCUUUUCUAUUUAUCAAACGCAUAGAUAAGAUAACGCACGAAACUUGUAUUGUGAAAAUUAUAACCUGGCCAUAAAACUAAAAACCGGGAUUGGGGGCGCCCAUAGAUUUAAUAUAGGGGGCGACUAGUAUUUUUGCUUAAAUUGUUUAAAGAAAUUAGUUCCGUUACUUUCCGCAACAUGGCGACGUUUUUAAUUUUUCUGGUUAGGCUACAUGUUUAAUUUUAAUACCAAUUACAUGUUUUUUUCUGUUCAUGAUGCAAUCAUGCUGUACCUAUUAGUCGACCAACAAUAAAAUAUUACCAGUAAGUGGCGCUGGUUCAACACUUUUGACUUUGUGACAAAAGCAAAUAUGGUGAUAUUGUUGUUUUGCUCGGUACACAAAUAUGGGACCAGACAACGACCAGAAUAGAUAACAUUACAAAGCCAUAUUUACCUAAUACUUAUCACGCCUUAUUACUGUGCCUUUUGCCACGUAUCGAUAGAUAUAAAGUUUUUGUGGUUAGGCUAAAGAAAAGUUGGUUAACAAAAAAAACAUUAGAUCAACAAAAACUCUAGGGACUUUAGCAUUCAGUAGGUAUUCGAAUCUAGAUAUAAAUGUGGUUUUUGACUGCCGAAAUCUUAACGCAACGCAAUAUUUUAUAGCCACCUAAAAUACAAAAUGAUUAGAUUUAUCCAUUUAGCACCUUCAAAAUCUAUUCCCUCAUUCUGGUACCUAAUUUGCUGUAUAAUUAAAUAUCGUUAUUGUUUUCGUAUUCUAACAGGUAUUUAGGAAAAUUUUACGCUAAUAUCGAAUUGGUGUUUUAACCCUAAAAUCUUUACUCUGCCUAAACUGUAAGCGGCAAACUGGUGACUUAGAAAAAUACCAUUAGAGGUCGCUGCGUCCAUACAUAUUCAUAAAAACCAUAUAGAUGGCACUGUUAUGCUUUUUUCACAAACCAUACCGCGACAUGGAGAUUCUUUUAAGACGACUGAACACCCCCGGCCUAUGUCAUCAAGUCAUACUUACCUGGCGUAGGGGACACCGUGAUCAAGAAGGCGGUUCCCCCAGAGCGAGGCCCUUCCAUUGCACUGCGGCUGGGUUGACCUCUGCGAUUAUCCCUAAUGUGGAUAACUCGGACGCGUAAUUUUUGAUAGUGGGGACUGCGUACGCGCCGUCCCCCAAGAAUCCUCAUUUGCAUUUGCAUUUUGCACUUCAAUGGCAAUGCAAUCCUCACGACUGCACGUUGUGUACUAUACAAUAUUAGUACACAUACAGAUUACAGUUAUAACUUGUAUAAGCUAUAUUGUUCAUGGUGAUUGGUCCCUUUCUACAAUAAAUGGUUCAAUUCUCAAAUUCAGUCUAAUUACCAAUCAAUGAUUUACCAACCUUUAUUCAAAACUUUAUGAUGUAUCGGAACUUCGUGAACACACGCAGCGCAAUACAAGAUUUUAAAUAUCAGCCGUAACGUAGGAGCGCGGCGACAGGGCAUCACCUCCCUCCCAUAAUAACUAUAAACAAGAAUACCUCUCACCAGUCAAGGCACUUAGCUGCGGUAAAUAAAUAAUUGAAUUUUUUUGGCACUGCGAAGAAUCGUUAUUUGUACAAGUACAACAAUAGAAUAUUUUAAAGUUUAAUAUUGUUGUGGUAAUGUGCUUGGUAAGACGCAAACUUAGGCAUCGUGAAUUUUGCUCAUUUAUGGAUUUUAUUAAAGACUAAUAAGGAUAAAGGCACAUAGUGUUCCUGAUUGCGUUACUCAAGACUCUCACAGUGGACAUUCAUAGACGUUGCAGGUGCACCCCCAGGUAGGGUUGCCAACCGUACUAUAUUAUGUAGUCGGUUACUUGAGCACCAUAGCUAUGCGAUAGAAGCAGAGCGGGAUGUGGGUUAAGAACAGUUUCGUUUCGGUUGAAAACCGGCCGAAACUGAAGCUGAAACUGAAAUACGUUUUCGGAUUCGGCCGUAAAAACUGGUUUGGUCGAACUAUAUAAUGUUGAAAAAAUAUGUAGUACGGAAAAAUACUAUAUUUUUGUAGAUUAAUUUUCGACAGAAGCAAUAGUCCGUAGAGUAUCCGAACGUGUCUAAUUUAAUGUUAGUAUUAAAUUAAUUUUAAAAUUAAAUGUGAAAAAAUUUAGACACAAAAUUCUUAAGAUGCUAAUUGCCAAUAAAUAUAAUCUUAUAAAAAUAAAUAGGCAACAAAAAACUUUGCCUAUUACUUUGCUUAUUUCAUAAAAAUACUAUAUUUUCUACUAUUAUUAAGUGUACUAAUUUUUUUGAACUAAAAUCUGAAAAAUACUAUUUUUCUGAAAAAAUGUUGGUAUCCCUACCGGCCUACCCCCAUUGGACCAUUCACCCUCUGGGUGUCGAAUUCUUAAGCGCACAUAGUUUAAAUUCGACACUCAGCGGGUGAACGAGCCCCUGGGGGCGCCCCCACAACGUCUAUGAAUUUCAUUGUAAGAUAGGCGAUCUGUCAAGAUAAGGUGAUACCUCAAAUUAUCACGUAUCUAAUCCAUUACCAUAAUCAUAAGAUUAUUUCGGUUCACGAUAAAAAGUUUUAGGUUCUAAUGUUUAGACAUGUAUAUUUUCUAGUCAAUAUUUUAACUAGCCGUAAUUUAGAAUUAAGUUUCGAUUAUAUUGUUAAUGGUUUUAAAUGCUGUGCUGUACCAGAGCAGAGAAUAUUUAAGCACAAAAAAAUAUCAUGCACAAAACUCAAAAUUAUUCAGAAUUUUCGUGUAAAAUUCAGAUAAAAUUAAAAAUUUACUUGUUCAUGGAUAUUUUGUUGAUACAGAAUCAAUUAUAUUUAUAAGAUCUUGUCAAAUAACUAAUCAAUUUGUGCCUUUGUAAUAAAACUAUGCCUUGUUAAUAAUAAUUAGAAUUAUACUUUAAAAAAAGUUUUUGCAACACUGUUAUGGUCCAGUAUUCAUUAUUUUUUUAAUUAGACAAUACUUAUUAAAUGUAAAUAGUUGAAAUAAAAGACAUUAUUUUAAAUAAUUAAA